AUGAGCCGCUUAGAAUGCCCGACCCCCAACCCGGAGGAAGUCAGCUACUCCCGCGAGGCCACCAUUGUUGCCUCAACCGACUACUACACCUUCCUCACCCGGCUGUACAUGAACGAGUCCCAAAUCAUCCACCCACACGCAGAGGGAUGGUCCAUCGUCAACGCCGACCCCGGCAAGCUGCAAGACCUGGGCAAAUCGGACGAGGUCCUGUCAAUGCUGGCCCAUCUUCCCUACAUCCGCUGCCCCGGCAACUGGCACCACGACGCAGAUGCUAUCCCUGGCUCGUCUUCCGCCGACUGGCCAGACCUUAUUACAUUGCGCGUUCAGGGCUGGAUCAUUGGGGAGGAACUGCCCGGCUGUACAGAGGCCUUCAUCGCACUCGACACGGAGCUCGGCAUCACCCACUGGGAGAAAUACACCUGUCCAGAGGACAUAGGAGAGAAUUGGAUGCAAGUCGAUUGGGAGGAACUGAAAAAGGAUGUGUCUAAGGAAGACGCGAACUGGCGCUAUAGUGCAGCAGCCUGGGCUAUACCGGAUUUCUUCGAGGUCCUCAAGGACGAGUUCAGGAGCUUGAACCGGGUUCCUAUCAGCCCCUACACAGUGCAUAGCAGCAAGGAAGAGCUUCACAACGAGGUCGGCAUGAUGUCCAUGCUGAAGGAUAUCUACCGGCGACAUGGCUGGCCCGAUUUGGCAGCCUACCGCAAGUCGAAAUGCACGGAGGCUAUAAGGAAGGCCAUGGUUGAGAGGUAUCCUGAAUCUGCUUGCAGCUGA